CAGAAAAAAGAGGAAGAAGAAAUUGGAUUUUCCUUGAAAAACCCACAAAUUCACCCCUUUAUGAAAAACAAAAACCCAUAAUAAUUAGAUAAUUAAGCAAAAUUAACUUAAACAUUCAUCAUAUGCUCUCGUAAUUGCAUAAACUCUUUGCAAUUCAUACAGUUCCUGUGGAAGCUCACCCAGAUCUCUCUGCAAUUCAUACAGUUUCUGUGGAAGGUUACCGAGAUCUCCGUUUUCUUCUCACUUCUUCUGUUCGAACCCCAACCCAUUUAUGUUUGGCUAAUUGGGUAUUCGUUUAUGGCUGAUCCAGAGGAUUCAUGCAAUAACUGAAUCUGGAUUCUUCAGUUCUGGUAAGCUUCUGAAGAUCUUCUUUCAAGAUUCUGACUUUUGACAAGUUUUUUGUUGCAUCGUUUGGGCAUUGCUUGUUUAGUCCUUUAAGGAAAAGGGGAAUAGAAAAGGGUAUAUGUAAUUUGGAUUCCGCUAUUGUGGGUUGUAUUGGUUUCUUAAAUAAAUUAACUUUGCCUGAGCUCAGAAUGUUAGUUCAGCAACUAGUUUCGAUAAAUUCUUAGCAUCGUUGCAGUGGCUGUAGAAGACAUCCUUAGACAUAUUUCUGUGCUUCCCUUUGUGGGCUUUGAUUUUCUCAUUACGUUUGCUUAAGAGGAGUAAUCCCAGAAGAAAUUGACUGGAAAACUGCUGAAUAGCCAAGGAGCGGUCCACUUAUCAUGUAAAAACCAUGAAAAUUAUAGAGGAAAUUGUGGUUGAAGAGAGGAGAAUUGGCUUCUUGGAUGGAUGAGUUAAGGUGUUGAGUAACCCAGAAAUGAGUCGAUCUCCUUCAUUUUCUGUUAAGCCAGAGCCUAAUUUAAAACUUGAUCCAGAAGCUUUGCAGCAAUGGGUGGUGGCUUUUUGUAUCAUUAGAUUUGACCUUGAACAAGGACAGCUCAUUGAAGAGUGUUACCCACCUGGUCUUCUCACAAAUGAAGAGGAACUUGAUGUUGCUUUUAGUUCAUUUCCAGAUUCUAUUUCCCAGAACCAGAACCGUUCAAGCAUUCAUGAUUGCAUAUUUUUUUUCCGAAUCCGAAGACGGAAGGCUUCUGAACAAAGCAAUGUGAGCAAUUCUGAGAUAAUAGAAAUUGAAGAUAAAGAAGCAUCUUUAAAGUCCACAGAGGAGAAGUUGACUCAAAGAACAAAGAUUAGGAAAAAUGAUGAAAGGUUGAACUAUUUGUAUGGUUAUGUGUUUAACAGGCAAAGACAUGAUGAGAGGCUAAAGCGGGGUGGGGAGCAAAAAUCUGUAGUGAUAUUAUCUCAUAAUCCAUUCUCUGGUGUGUUUAGGCCUUUGUUACAAAUCAUGGGUCCUUUAUAUUUUGACAUAGGAAAGAAAGCUCUUGACCAUAUUGCUGCUUAUGUUUCAACAUGGCCUGCCCCUGUACCUGGUAAGCUAAUGGAGCUUCCUAUUGGGAAUGCUAUGCUUAAAGUUAACUUGCCACCUGCUCAUAGCUUGCCCCUGGAAAAUGGGACGAUUGAAGAGUCUGCUUCUUCUAUUGCUCCUUUUCCUCCAACAAAUCAGUCAGUCCCACAGGGCCUUUUUCAUGAUUCUGACAUUUUUGGUACAUUCCGGGGAAUUUUAAUGCAACUUUGGGUGUUGUGGGAGUUGCUACUUAUUGGUGAACCCAUUCUUAUCAUAGGACCAACACCUCCCCAGUGCAGUGAAGCAGUUGCAAGUCUGGUAAGCUUGGUUGCACCACUGUUAUUUAGCGUCGAUUUUAGGCCUUAUUUCACCAUCCAUGACCCUGAAUUUGCUUAUUUGAAUUCGCUUCAAGAAGGAGACACUUUCCCUCCAAUAGUUUUGGGAGUUACAAACUUGUUUUUCCUCAAAUCACUUCGUAAUAUUCCCCACAUUGUCUCAGUUGGAAGCCCUGCGCCAAAUUCAAACAGGCUUCCAACAAAGAGGUUCUCUUCUGGCAGAAUACCUGGAAGACCCGAGGGAUUGGGUCUUCAGCAGCUUUCGUUGAAGAAGUUUUCUCCUUCAGGCUUGUUGAAUGCUGUUAAAUUAAAAAGAGAUGGCCCGCUUUGCCUUAUGACAGAACAUAAGGAAGCCAUCUGGAGCACUUAUGCUGCAACAACUAAGCCAGACACUUCAAUUUUGAAUAGGCUUAUUGAUGCUGGGAUGUCUCCAAGGGUUGAGGAGUCAAUGUCAGUUGUCAAUAAUGAGAUAUUGCGACGGCAUUUCUUGGAGCUCACCACCAAUUUUUUGGCUCCCUUUGGCCCAUACUUUAGAGCAACCACACCUUCAGAAGGAUCUUCUCCAUUUGCUGACCCUCCUCCUCUCCCUUCAUUUAGCACUGAUGAAUUCUUAGCAAGCCUAUCAGCCAGAGGUGUGGGGAAGUUCUUAUCAAAGCGGAUGAGAUCUAAUUGGUUGGACUUAUACAGGCGGUUUCUAAAAGGACCCAACUUUAUGCCAUGGUUUCAAAGAAAGCGUGCUGUUGCUGAACAACAACAACACAGACUAUGGAGGCAAGCAAGAAUGAAGACCAACAUACAACUAUUUCUAUCUAACAUGUCUGAAUUGGAGGUCGUUGAUUCCUUCAAUGCUAUAGAGAGGCAUCUCAAUGGAGAAAUUGAGGCGCUUAAGUGUGUGCCUUGUUCUAAGUGUGAGGCUCCAAGAAGACCACCUGUGUUUCCACCUUAGGCAGGUACUUCCAUUAAUUAAAAAAAGACCUCUGUGACUUGAGAUUUGUGAAUCUACCAGAAUCUAAUAGUAAUGACUAAGGAGUUUCCGGACUUGGUAUCACUAGUAAUAACUAGUCGCUUUUAUUCUCUCUCCUCAUACAUUGUUUUCAAUAUUCUCUUAUUAUCUUUCUCAUCUUAACUGCUUUUUGUACUCCUUUAUUUCUAGUUUAUUUGAAAGAAUAAUGUUAUAUGAGUCAUUUAUUAUAUUAUUAUUGUGAUGUUGCUUUUCUAUUUUCCUUUAAAAAGACAUGUAUGGCAUAUAAUCAAGAAAUAUAUUGUCUGGAGGAAAGAAAUAUCGACAUAUAAUUUAGCUCCUCUGUUUCUUGGUUAUCUAAAAUUGCUUUUUAAUUAAAUUCUAUUUUUUGCGCAUUACUUCAUUCAAGUUUGUACCUUGCGCGUAGGCUCUAGGACCCCUUUGCGCCUUAGUGCGGCUUGAGCCUUUAAUAACUAUGAAGUAUUGUUAAAGAUUCAAAUGGAUAUGCUAUGGGCAAGCUCUAAUUGGCUAUUGUAAUUUGCAAUACUUCUCCUGAUCAAGAAGGAUGAUGCACAAAGCCUUAUUAUAUUUAGCGUCUGAUACGUUUUGAAUCUUAUUCAUUAUUUUAUUUUGUUCUGUUUGAAAGAAGGGUAUAAGAUAUAUGCAUCUGGAAUAACUUCUGCACUGAUAAUAUUUUUUUGAACUUUUAAAUGUGGGAUGAAAUUCUGUUUCCAUUAGCUAUAAUAAAAUGUAUAGUAGCCACACUUUUAGAUCGACUGAAUAUGUAUAUCCUUGAAGGAGAAAUUUUGAAGUCUGAGUGAUGAUGCUGUGCUGGCAUUAAGUUGCUCUUACUAGCAUAUCUUCUUCCCCUAUAGAUCUUGUGAAGCUUUGUAUUUAGGUUUCAGUUUUGGCAUGAGGAACAUGUCAAAAAGCAUACAGAGGAAGUGGCAAGGCAUACUGAAUGUCUCCAGCAGUCUGGAAGGGCUAGUGCAGACUCUGCUUCAAAUUGCCAAAAACUGAAGAAAGAUCUCCAAGCAAUAUUCAAUGUUCUCCCCAAAGACAUGCAGCAGCUUCUGCUCAUGAACCCAGAGAGAGCA